AGUUCAGUUGAUCGGUAAAUAUUGAGUGUACAACAGGUUUAGUCAUCGCAUUUACCGAUAUAUAUUUAUUUUUUUGUCAUUUAAAUCGUAAUAAGGAAUAACUUUGGUUAAGAAAAUGGAUAAAGUUUUUAUAACUUUCAUUGUUAUUAUUGGAAUCACAAUUACUGUUUAUGGACAAAGACCAUCAUUUAUUGGAUCAGGACAGAAGCCGAUUUGUGUUAAUGAAGGUGACUACUGUAAAGAUAAUACAGACUGUUGCUCAAAAAAUUGUACUUCAAGUAAAUGCAUGACUUCAGAUGUCAUGACAGCGAGCGCAAAUGACGUCAAUUUAACGAAUCAGCAACAGAACCAAGAGCAGUCAAAUUUAACGCUUGAUAAUCGUUUUAAUGAGGAUGAAGGAAAGAAUUGCCAAGGAAAGAGCAAAAAGUGCACAUCAUCCCUUAAGUGUUGCGACUUUUUGAGCUGCGAGAAAAAUGUUUGUCGGGACAAAUCAGUUUAUAUUAGUGGAACUGAGACAUUUGGAUACAAUAAGCCUACUCAACAGGAAUUGGACAAUCGUUUUAGUGAAGAUGAGACUUCAUCACCACCAGCUCCAGCUAAGUGUAUGGAUAUUGGACAGAAAUGCUAUACUCCAGGCGAGUGCUGUUCACCCCUUAAAUGCCACUCAUUCCUUCAUCAAUGUGUCACAUAAAUGUCACCGUCAUAUUGUUUUGUAAACACUUAAGAAGCACUUCUUGUUUCAAGUAUUUAUCAACCUAUCAUUUCAUACUUAUGGUAUAUAUUUAAUACAUGUUUGCAUAAUGGCUAGUAUGAGAACUAUUGUUGAUGUAAACAAAAUAAAGUUUGAAAAUAUUUUAAGGAUUUGGAAGAAUUUUGUAGAAUAUUUUUAUUAUUUUAAAUAAAAUUGUGAUUUUUUUUUUACGUGCAAAAUGUUAACUUUAAAAAUUAUAUUCCACACUGCCUCUGAACUUGUAAUGAUCUUUUUGAAGGUUUUGAUGCUCUUCUUUAAAAUUUGGACCGUUAAACUCAAACUCAAUGUGAUACUAGCUACUAGUUAAAGUAUCCAACCCUAUAUCCAACUAUAUAAACCCCAGCAGCUCCCAAAUCAGUCCAACAAAAGCUCAAUGCACAUUUUUCAAUCUUAAUGUUCAUGAUAACAGCAAGCAAUCUUGAAAAAUAUUCAACAAUAGCUUACAAUGUAAAAAAUCUCCCA